CAGCAACAAUAAUACAAUUGAUAUACCUUACAAUUUCACUAUCGGCAGCAUUGGAUCAAAUGGACAUAACUGCGCUCAGUAAACGCUAAAUUCGUUUUCCAGCUACUCAAUCCACAUACUAAAUUUACAUAGUAAAAUGUAACGCAGUGAUAAACCUCGUACAACGAUCGGCAUACAACGCUCAGCAACAGCAGCAGCAUCUACCAUAAAAACAAUAAAAAAUAAAACAAACAAACGAAGAAAGCGUAUGUGAUUUUGUAUUUUUUGUUUUUGUGUGUUAUUUGUUAUUCAAUAUUUCGAUGAAAGAUGAAGAAACGAAAAUGCUUUCUUCGGAACGGAAUUAAUUACUGCGUUGUAUAAUAAUGACUAAAGCGACAUAUAUACAUACGCAUAUACGAGACAGAUGGAAAUUUAAACGAUAGAUGAAAUCAAAUGUACGAGCAUAUUUUUGGCGCAUUACUAAGCAUCGCUAAGCAUCAUCGGCUGCAGUUGCUUUUUUAUUGUAACUGAUUUUUAGUUUUUGCCAUUAUCUGGUGCUUUUCAAUAUUUUUAAGUUCACAGAAGAGUUUUUAGAAAGCGCUCGGUUUAUAUGAAUAAAACAUUUCUCUCGCUCAAGCGUCAAGCCGGUUGGAGAUCAGCACGUCAUAGUUGAAAGUGAGAGUGUAGUGAAGGUGUUAAAGGUGCAUGAACACCAAAUAGCCACAGUCGCGUGUAAUAAACAAAACAACGAACUGGAACGGAACAGGUACAAUAAUUCACUUACAUACAUACAUUCCAGUUACAAGGCAGCGAGCCUGCAAGUCAGCCCGUUCCAAAUACUAUAGUUGUAAGUAAGGCUUGUGAAUUUGUGAGCAUUGCAUGCCCGUCCGCAGCGAAACUUGUUUGCGCGUUUGUGUCGUAAUCCGUGAAUUUGGCCUUCCGCACAUUUGUUUACUAUCGAUUUAAAUAUUUGAUAUAGUUAUUAGUUAGUAACAUAGAAACUAUAUAUGCACACAUACAUACGUACAUUUACAUGCCAACAAGAAGUAUACGCCCUGGCGGCUCUCUAUCUGCUGCGAAAUAUUUUGGUGCGCAGCGGCGCAUCGUAAACACUGAAAGCCGUACAUACGGCUAGACGCGUUCGCAGUCGUUAACGAACCUUGUCAUUAAUUUGAAUUUGAAAUUUGGAGUGUCAAGUGCGUUCCUGCAUACUUUUGAACGUUUUGUUACAUCUAUAAACGCUGCGAGCGCAGAGCAAACGCAGCGGCUUUUGAGCAGCGUUUUUCUGUUAACGCUUGCCAUCGAUCUGAAAUAGGGCGCAUUCAACGCACGCCGGUCAAACGGUCAGUCACACAUUUAAGUACUCAAUCACAAAAUUUGAUAUAAAAUCAUUUAAUCAUAACAAAAAAUUAACAAAAAAACUAAAGUUGAAUAGUAUAAAAUAAAGAAUUAGAGAGGCAAACGUGAAUUCUUCCGUGCAAUAUUAUCUUCAUAUCUUCACGCCAUUCGCUAAAAUUGCAAUAAUGAGUCGCAUAUCGGUUUUAUUCAUUCUCCUGUCGAUGGUUAUUGUCAAUUCGGGCGACACAAAUCACAGCAAUAUCAACAACAACAACAACCACAAUAAGAACAACAGUAUCAAUCAUAGUAGAAGCCACUCAUUUCAUCAGCCAUACGGCAGCACGAACAGCACGAAAGUAGUCAAUCAUCCAAUUUCCAGCGUGGGCGCUGCUGCUAACAGCAAGCAAGAAUCACAGCAAGAACAACAACAACAACAACCGCAACAGCACAACGAAGAACAGCCACCACGCGGCAAGAGAGCCACCGGUGACUUCCAGCUGGACGAGGCGGAAAUCGCGCGGCAAAAUCAAAUCACACAACAAAUAUUCGCCAAGUAUUUAGAACGACGACUUUUCCCUCAUCGCAGCACAAACGAACGCAUCCCCACCAUAUCCGAAAUACUUCCUAAGCCCUCCUCCUCAACAACGGCACGCCCACGGCCACGCGGCUUCUCCUCCUCCGAAGCGUUUCACAGUUUUCGACGUGGCGGUACAUCGAAAACGUCUGGACGCAAACGAUAUGGCAACAAUGGGCAAAAACAAAACCAACGGCGCAGAGGCGGCAGCAGCAGCAGCAGCGGCGCACAUCGCCAACAACUAAUCGACGAAGCUAUUGCAGAAAGUGAACAAGAUUCAGAACCAACCUUACAAAAGCCAGAAUAUUAUGCGGACAUCAAUGCCGAGGCUGAUGAAGUGGCCGAUGAUGGUCAAGAGUCAUUACAAAGUGUUGAAUCGGAACAACAUGAUCAGUACUAUAGUGACGUGUUUAAUCGCGAUCCCAGCGAAAAUGAAAUCGAUAGCGAUUGUCCGAACUGUGUGGACGAGUCUCAGUAUACGAACAAAUGGACAAUGCCGCUGCUGAAACUGGGCGAGAAGCGUUACUACCUCGGCAUCUUCUUCAAGGCGAAUUGGUUCAAAGCGGCUCAAUAUUGCCGAUAUCACGGCAUGCACUUGGCGAGUAUUUCUUCACAAGAGGAGAAUGACAGACUAGAAAAACAUAUACGCGACUUUGCAGGUUUAGGUCACGAACACUUCUGGACAUCUGGCACCGACUUGGCCGAUGAGGGUAUCUUCUUCUGGAUGGCUAAUGGUAGACCCAUAACAUUUACGAACUGGAAUGCGGGCGAACCGAAUAAUUUCCGCUACGAGAAUGGUGAAGAGGAGAACUGCUUAGAAUUAUGGAACCGCGACGGAAAAGGACUGAAGUGGAACGAUUCGCCAUGCAGUUUCGAAACAUUUUUCGUUUGUGAAGUGCAACCAAAUUAACUGAAUAACUGAAGCAACAAAAUGACGAAUACUUGUACGACAAUGAGAAAGGGGAUGAAGCGGAACUAAAUAGAGAAAAUAUUAUUUUUUUGUUUGUGUCUUGAAAAACCGCGACAAACGAAUGCGUAAGGUUUUUAUUAAUAAUUUUCAUAAUUUCAUAAGCGACGGUACUUGUUUGGUGAUUAGACGCACGUGUUUCACGCACACGACUUAGGUAUUUACUCAGUAAAUCACAUCAACCACAAUAGCAGGCAAUCAUGUUUUUAUUUUAUUUUUUAUUAUUAUCGCUUCGCCUUUUCUUUUUUUGAAAAUGACUAAUUUUAUUUUCUCAUUUUUCUUAAUUUAUAACAAUUGUUUGCACGCACGGAGUACGCGUGUGCAGCAAUCAGCCGCGCACCAUUCCAUUAAGUGAUUUUCGAGAGUUGCAAUAUUACGUAUACGCACCCGUGGCGCUCGACUGAUUGCGCGACGCUAAUUCGUUUGCUCUUUGUGCGUGUAUGCGUACUGGGGGCAUGACCUGCGACGAAAGUAUACAUUUAUGAAUUUAUAUAAGUGCUAAAGCAUUGUAGACAUUUUCAUGGUUAGAAAAUUAGAAUAGACGAAAAAACAACAUUAAUUACUCAUACGACCCGUAUGCCCAAACAAUUAAAAGAAUUAAAUUGGGCUCAAAAUUUUAUUUCAAACAAUUAUGUAAUUAAAAUUUAAGAAACUUACUUCGAAACAAGUAAUUGAUAUACAUUUACUGCCCUAGCAUUAUUUAUGUAAGUAAUGUAUAAAUUAUUUUUUGCUUAGUUAGUGUCAUUUUAACUUAUAUUGUAAUUAUAUAUAUAUAUGUACGUGUAUGAAUUUGUAGCUUAAAGACUUAAGUGCAGCAGUUGCAUUUAAAAUAGGUAUCUCUUACAAAAGCAAAACAAAUCACAACACAAUGAAGAUAAAAUAUAUGUAAAUUCUUAAUGUAAGAAGGGAAGAAUAAACGAAAAAAAAAAAAUAAAAGUAAAAAUUUCUUGUGCAUUGCA